UUUGCUUCGCACUUGGAAAAAAAUGGAGGCUGAAGAUGCUGAGAAAAGGGGAAGAACGACACCUGAGACGUUCCUUUUUAGGCAACUUCCACCGCAACAUCGUCGUCUCCUCGUACCCACCUUCCAACGUCCUCAACACUGAAAAAAAUCAUGUCUGAAGACAUUGAAAUGCAUGAUAAUGAUCCUCAUCCUCAAAUUUCAAGUCGGAACACUUCAAUUUCUGUUCCAAAUGACAUUAUCAACAACAACAGUCGUGACAAUUCUCUCGACUACCUAACAGACCGCGACGUACACAACAACAUUGACGAUAGCGAUAUCAAACCUCCACCGUCAAAGAAAUUAAAGUCGUCAUUAUCGGCUACCGGCUCCAAGCCUGUAUCUACCAUAGGCGCAACUGCCAUCAAACCAAAGUCAAAAGCGCCUCGUCCUCGUUCACCUUCUCCAACUCCGCCGCCUCCUCCGCCACCCCCUCUUCAAACUGUUCGACUUCAAAUAAAACUUGGAGGUCCAGAUAAUUAUGAGGUCGAUAUUGCUAGCAUGGCAAAGACAACCGGUCAACGUCAGCCCACUCCACCGCCCCCGAAAGCUGACACAUCCGAAAGCGAAGGCGAAGACGACCACGAUGCUCACGACAAACCAAAAAAGAAGAAGAAAAAACAUACCACAUCCGAAUAUUACGACGUUAAUGACCCUUUUAUCGACGACUCCGAGUUGAACAUCGACAAUCGCACACAUUUUGCCCAAACAAAGCAACAAGGUUUUUACGUGUCGAGUGGUGAAGUUGCCCUCAUGAAAGACAGCAGGACGCCCAAGAAGCCCAAAUCCAAGAAAGUUCCUGCUGAAGGAGCUGCUACAGCAGGUCCAAGUAAAGGUCCUACUACCAAGGAGGACGGCACCAAGGAGCAUCCCAUUAGCUUGCUUGGUGAAGACAAGGCCAGCAAGAAACGCAAGAACUAUACAGUGGUCGAGGAGAAUGGUAAGAAGAGGAAGGUUGUGGAUAUCCGCGACUUCCAUGCUGAGCUUCAGUUGGCCAUUGAAGACCUGAAGGUUGCCAUAUCUAAGGAAUCUUGGGAUGUCAAGGGCAAGUUCCCACCCUCAGUAAAGCCCAUACUCGCCGACGUCGCCCUAAAGGCUGUAAACCUUGGCGAGUACGACGAGGACUUUUUCAAUCUUAUGCCUGUGCUGUUCCCCUACAAUCGCUUCACUAUGACCAAGCUCAUCAAACGCACUAUCUUUACCGACCACUUCAAGAUUUUGACUGACAGACAAGACGAGCUGCUCCAGCAACUCGCCGUACUCACGAAAGAGGGCUUCUCGAAAGCUCAAGAGGAAUGGGAAAAGAGCGUCGUUGCUUGGGAGCGUCGCAAAGAGAAAGCCAAGAACGAAUCUGCGGAAGCGGGCGCCGCAUCAACAACGCCUAGUGCCGCAGAUGCACAGCACCAUGACGACGGUGCCGGUAGCGGUGCCGAUGGUGACAAUGCGCCAGGAACAGGCAAGGCGGAUGGUACUAGGGAUGCGCAUCCCCCGGCACAAAAGUAUCGUCUGACAGAGCAGAUGAAGUCUAUUGUCUGGCAACUCGUGAUGCUCAGUAAUGAAUGCUGUCGGCUUGAGAACGAGAAGAAUGAUCUAGACGGCAGCAAUGCGCUCGUUAGUGAACAGGGUUCAAGAAAGAUUCUCUAUCAGAAGAUCGUGGCAGCUUUCCCAACUGGAUGGCUGAACUCGGGUCAACUAUCACGAGAAGUGAGCUCGUUGAAGAAGAAAUACGAGAAAGAAACGAUGGAACAAGAUAACUGAUUUCUUUAUUCGAUACUAUGAUCUUACUACAUAUGAAUCUGGACUUCGACUGCUAGUGUUUUUGUUGGGUAUAUUUUAUUCUUUUACUUGCUCCUGCUUCGGAAUUCUUUCGCUCGUUUUCUCUCUCUUUCCCUCAGAGUAACCUACGUUCUCAU